AUGAUCCCAUAAAAAUUAUUAUAAAAGUCAAGUUAGGAAAAAAUCAUUAGAGAUAAUUAAAUUAUAAUUUGUCGAAUUAGAUAGAUGGGUAACUCAUAAUAAUCACCUAAAUACAUAAAUAAAAACAACCAUCUAAUAAAUAUCUUGCCACAAAAACAACUAAUUGAGGACACGCUUGACGAAAGCUCGAUUUUUAAUAUUGCAGACAUAAGGUCUCCGUACACGGAAGAACUUAAUUCUACUGCGAGAGGGGAUAUCAGGAAGGUUUCUGACAUGAUAGAAAUGGAUCAAGGAAAAACAAGAAGUAAGAUAAUUCAAACUAAAAAAGGAAUGAACGUCACUUUAUAUGAAAGUGAAUUGCCUUCGACCUGUGAACUCUUGAAUUACAUCCCUUUGAUCAAACGAGAGAAGACUAGAGAGUUAUUGAACUCUUAUGAAUCUCCUUCUGGCCACAAGGCUUAAGCAUUGGGCAGUUAACCUAUUGUCCAAUUUCUUAAGUGCAAUGAAAGACUUACUUAUCAGGGCCAAUGGUUGAGAUAACAGAGAGAUGGAUUUGGACUGUGUUUUUACUAAAAUGGUUCAAUCUACGUGGGCACUUGGGUCAAUGAUUUAAGGGAUGGUCAUGGAAGAAUGAUUUUGGAUAAUAAUGAUAAUUACACUGGAUUUUGGAAAUAAGGAAAGUAUCAUGGAUUUGGAACUUUAAUUAGUUCUGAUAAUUUUUAUGAAGGCCAUUGGGAAGAUGGAGAAAAAAAUGGUUAAGGAUUGGAGAUCAAGGCAAAUAAAUCAAAAUAUGAAGGAACGUUUAAAAAAGGAAAGAAGCACGGAUCUGGAACAAUCAAAUAUAUUGAUAAUUAAAUAUACAAAGGAGAAUUCGUAGAUGGACAAUAUGAAGGAUAAGGAGAAUACCAUUGGAAUGAUGGCAGUCAUUACAUUGGAGAAUGGAAAUGUAACAAGAUGCAUGGAAUUGGAGUGUUUACUAAUAAAGCUAAUGAUGUUUAUAAAGGAUCAUUUUCUGAAGAUAAGAAGAACGGAAUAGGGAUGUUCAAGUGGAGUAACGGCACCAUCUUAAAGGGAAUCUGGGUUAAUGGAUCAUUGGAUGGCUAGGCAACCAUAACUAAGCCAACUGGAGAAUCCAUUAUUUUGUAUUAUAAAAAUGGUUAAAAGAUUGCAUGA